AUGAUCUUUAACAAUAAUGAGGCAAGUGAUUCUCUUCAACAAUCCGAUCCCUCUACCCCCCCAGUAGACGACAAACGAAAAAUGAAAACAGAGCGAAAAGACUUCAUUGAGCUCGCUCGAUUUCUCUUUGGAAAUAAUUGGAAAGUUACCAAGAAAUUCCUCGACUUCGUCCUUGAUCAUGAAGCUAGAAGUCUCUACGAUCUACAUCUCUUCGAUCUACACUUUAUGGCAUCUCGUACCACAGAGUUGUUAAAUUUUGGUACAGAUCUGGCUUUCGCAUACAGAACCGAUGUAUCUGGAAAGAACACGAUUGGUGAAUCAAGAUAUACACCAAUGGAACAACAAAUCAAAGAGAUCGAUGUAUAUGCGACAUUAGAGACUCUGAUUUUGGUGGCAGAAAUUAAUACUCCAAAUGCUGGAAUUUAUGAACUUGAUGAUUCUAUUCAGAAAUUCAUUGCAGAGUUUCGACACCCUGACUUUAGUAAAACAGUCCGGAGCGAUCACCCUUCUGCGGCCACAGAUAUUAACCUAUCGACAACAAGCCCUCCCAGAUUAAUCAAAUUAAUGAAGAUACUUUACGGCGAUGCUCAGUGGGAAUACACAAAGCUCGCUCUUGAGUGGGGCUUUGAACGAACAAUCCACACAAGAACAAAAGUAACUCGGCUUCACGAAGAAGGAAGCAAAAUAGCCGAGGAAUACAGACGUCUGCUUACCUCCAAGAACAUUACGGAAGAAGAAGUAAAUAGAGCCUUGCGUAAUUAUCUUGACGAGAGUUGUUUCGAUAUCAACGAGGCUGAUGUGGAAGCCACGUUGGAUAUUGUACAGGCCUGGGAUUGCUAUAUGUCUCGUGAUGGAGACAAAAUUGCUGAAUUCUUAAAUGAUGUCAAGAAUGUUGACAAGGAUUAG